AGUUAUCGAUAGUCAAGCUCUUUACAGGCAUUGUUUUGGUUUAUUCAUUGUUUUCAUUUUGUACGAGUGUUGGGGGCAAUUGUGAUAUUAGAAGAGAACAGAAUGGAAGAGCAGUUGGAAAAAGUGUUGAGCGAAAUCGUAACACAACAUGACACGGUGGGUGCAUUAUUGGCGAAUCGGCAAGGAUUGUGCUUGGGUGCCAAGGGCAAUAUCAAUCCCAAUGUAUCCGGUAUUGGAAUGGCCAUUUCCGAGCAGGUGGCCAAACUGGAGCCAAACAACACUGUUCCCGCAACUAUUUGUUUAUACAGCGGCAAUAAGCGCUGUGUCAUACAAAAAGAUGGUGAAAUAACUGGCAUCAUAUAUAAGCAAACAGCAACAACAUCGACGUCGGCCACCAAUUAAUAAACAGUUGCCCAUAAUCAAGGAUCGUCAUCAUAGGCCAAAGUAAGACAUAUAUCUUCCAAAUGCGCUCGCGAGCAUUGCAACAAUAGCUGGAUAGAUAGAUUCAUAGCUAAAGCCAUAGCCAUUGCCACCGCAGCCACAGAAACAACAAAAGUCCACACAGUUCAGCCGAAUCGCUAAUAUCAAUUUGAGCUGCUGUUCUCGUUUUAUAUUAAAUUGCCUAAAAUUGUAUUGAUUUUGA